AGCUCUAUUUAUGUGCCUUAAUUUGGAGGGGACGGUUAGGUGGUACAAUUGCAUUGAGUUGGACUUCAACUGGUGACCACAGUUUGCCACGACAGAGACGGAGCAAUAGUUACAAAGUAACCGAGGGAGCGAGCCAGAGAGACAGAGAGAGAGAAUCUGCAUCUUCUUCUUCUGGUUUCUCUAUUUGUUCAUAUCUAAUUUAAUAGACAAACAAGAUGGGUUACUGGAAAGAAAAGGUUCUUCCAAAGAUCAAGAAGGUUUUUGACAAGACUGGUCCCAAGAAGGCUGCUGCUGCCGAGGCCUGCAAGUCUUUCGACGAGUCUAAGGAUCAAAUCCACAAGGAGUUUGAAGAGAAGAAGACUGUGCUCCAGCCUAAAGUUAUUGAAAUAUAUGAGGCUUCGUCAGCGGAAAUCAAGACCUUUAUCAAGGAACCCAAGGAGGCAGGAUUAAAGAAGAACUCUGUUGCAGUUCACAAGUUCAUAGAAGAGCUCGUGAAAAUCGAGUUUCCGGGAUCAAAACCAGUAUGUGAAGCAUCUUCAAAGUUUGGGCCAGCGUUGGUUCCCGGUCCGGUUAUCUUUAUCUUUGAAAAGGUCUCGACGUUUAUAGUCACAGAAGAGAAAGUCGAGCCACCGCCAGAAGCAGCAAAAACUGAAGAAGCAACAAGUGGCAAAGAAAAGGAGAUCAUCGUCGUUGAAGAAGAGAAGAAAGAAGAAAAGAAGGAAGAGGAAGGGAAGAAAGAAGAGGUGGUGGAGAAAAUAGAAGAAGAGAAGAUAGAAGUUGUGGCAGUGGAGGCUGAGAAAGCGGAAGCACCAGCACCAGCACCAGCACCAGCACCAGCUUCAACUGAACCUGCAGCAGCCAAGGUGGAGGAAGCAGAACCGCCAAAGCCUUGACAAAUUCGAGUACAGCAACUUCCUUGAAAGUAAACUUUGUGGGAAAGUUAAAAAAAAAAUAGUGAUUUGUUAUUCUUUGUUCUCCCUCCUUUUCUUGUAAUAUUUCUCUGAUUUGCCCAGAAAAUACAAAAACCAAAAAAAAAAAAAAAAUCUGUAUUUAUUUUUUUGGAUUAUGCAAUUCAUGUGUGAACGGAUAAUCAUUGUGAAUUCUUCUGUAUUAAUUCCAAUAUAGUGGAGUGAUGAGAAACUCUUGUCAGA